AUGACAUCCUCGCUGCCUCACAUCACUUGCUCUCUCCCCCCCAACACGCUCGUCCAGUCUUCUGGUUUUACUCUCUUGACAAUUCAGUCCAGUGCUGGUCGCUUGAUGGUUCAAUAUGCCGGUUGGUUCUGGGUUCCUGUCGCCAAUUGCCCACUCGCACUGACCCCCUCCCCUCCAGGCAUACCACUCCGUCUUCCUGGAGGACCGCGAUGUCCCCGUGAUAGGUAUGAGACAGCGCCGCGACGACCGCCGGGCUAUAUAACCAGUCUCGAGAAUGCCGAACUAACCAUCGCACGUCUCUUCCCAGGGAACUUCCCCAUCCUACCCCUCCGCACUCGCACUCGCGGCCCCGCAUACACCCUCCCCCCGCUGCCCGCCAACACCUCCGAUAUGGACGUUUCGCCCGAGAGUGAAUCUUACGACUGUGUGGAUGAGAUCCUGUCACUUUUCAGGGCGAAUGUGCUGUUCCGCAACUUCGAAAUCAACGGCCCUGCCGACCGCAUGCUCAUCUACGGAACCCUGUUCAUCAGCGACUGUCUCGGGAAAGUCAAGCCGACGAUGAAUGCCCGCGAAGCAGAGAAGGCUCUGGUCAACGUGGCCCUGGACAACUUCGCCAUUCCCGGCGAUGUGUCGUUCCCACUCAACCAGGCUUUUGAGCCCCCCCGCGACCGUCAGGAUGCAGAGAGUCUUCGGGCGUAUGUUGACCCUGUCUCUAUCCCUCCUGUUCUGCUGUCUUGGGCUGACACAAGGUUUUUGACGAUCACUAGAUAUGUCUCGCAGGUACGACAGGAGAUCGCCAUCCGGCUACACGCUAGAUUAUACCCCGGUGGAGUGGGACCGUCCAAGUUCUGGCUGAGUUUCACGAAGAGAAAGUUCAUGGGCAAGAGCUUGUAG